ACGUCUCACGUGAUCACACGGCAUUUGAUGGAUAGUGAAAGGUGUUUUCGUGACCAAAAAUCGCCUGCGGUCUGCGGAGGUCGCCUGGUAACGGAGGUCAUGCCAGCAGGACUCAUCGAUAAUUGAUCCAUCGCCGAGACCAAUUGCUGCUCACCGGCUGAGAUAGACUGAACGUGGUUCAGUGUGCCUGAAGUGUUCCGCCUGGCUUUCGUCGCCAGACUUUUCAGCCAUUUCUCCUGUCGGUACUUGAAGCACGUACUGUACAUUCCGAGAUACACCCCAACAAUAGGUGAUACCCUAGGCUCACAGAAUGGCCGAGCAGAGAAACUGGCUGGCGGUCGUGGUGUUGAUUGUUUACGCGCUGGUUGGCAUAGCAACGUUCAGCACGUUCAUCAACUUCGACAACCAGUAUACUCCAGUCCAAGCCGUGCGCAUGCGCGAGAACGACCUACUGUCACCCUCUGUGUCACCGUCUACAGCCAGUCCUGGGAAAAAGCAGACCUCAAAGCCGGCCCUUCCGACGAAGAAUACUAGUACCUCUUCCAGCUCGAACCUGACAUCUACCGAGGUCCCCCUCAUCAGAAUAGACCCUUCCCGAUCAAACCAGACACACGCACCCCUCCAUUCGGCAAAGAUCGACCAUUCCACACAAAAACACACACCCCUCCCAGCGAUUACAGUGGACCCGUCCAGAAGGAAGGCACUGGCGGGAAACAAAGAGUGGAAACAAAUGCAAGAUUUUCCAAGAGUAAAGCAGCCCUGGGUAUACAACAAAACUGCCGCCGAUAACUUCAGGAAAGAGCUGGAGGAGUGCUGUGGCGAGGAUCCUGUCGUCACCAAGAAGAACCACCCUGUCAACUCCACCAUCCAGUACGACGCUGAGGGCAAGAGCCGGCUCUACGUGUCAGAAGCCGUCGCGCGCAGGUUUCCUGACGAAAACCCGCUGAAGAAGACCUACGCGCGGUGCAGCAUGGUCGGCAGCAGCGGUAUCCUCAGCGGCAGCGGCUGUGGGAAGGCCAUCGACUCCGCAGACUUCGUACUCAGAUGUAACCUGGCGCCUGUAGCGGGACAGUUUAAAGCCGACGUCGGACAGAGGACGCACCUCAUCACCAUGAACCCCAGCAUGGUACAGAAUAGAUACAAAGUCUUCAGGAACAAGACUAUGAAAGAACGGUUCGUCCGUGACCUUUCUGAAUACGGCAACACUCGCGUCUGGAUGACGCCUUUUUCCUACAAGUUCGGGACCAGCCUGAGCUACAGGGUUCAAGACGUUAUGAAGGAGUUCAAGCUCAAGCAGCAGAUGGUCUUCGCCAACCCGAACUUCACCGGGCCCGUCAACACCUUCUGGAAACGGAGGGGUGUCAGGUCAUUCAGGUCGUCCACGGGUAUGUUCUUGAUGACUGCCGCCUUGCGGAUUUGCGAGGAAGUACACCUGUACGGUUUUUGGCCGUGGCACUUUGACAGGCUGGGAAGGAACCUGACACAUCAUUACUUUGACAACUCAAAAGUGGGCUGGGCUCACAACUUCCCACACGAGUUUAGACAGUACCAAAAACUGCACAACAUGGGGGUGAUACAUCUCAAUACGGGGAGCUGCACGUGAAGCAUAUUAGUACCUUAAAAUAUUUUUAAAUUUAAAUUAUUGAAUACAUGUGUGGAACUGAUGGAAGUUUGGAAAAACUACCCGUGGGGUAUGUGCAAAAACUUGAAACAAAGUUAUAUCCAUUAUCGCCGUUUCGCAAUAU